AUGUCUUUCACUAAAUACGCUAUCAUUUUGGCUGCUGUUGCCUCUUAUGUCGCUGCUCAAGAUAAAGCUGAAGUUAUUGAAUUCAACGCCAUCUUAACUGAUGUUGUCAACAAUUUAAACGAUUAUAUGUCUAUUGCUGAAAACCAAGAAGGUUUCGUUUUACCAGACGGUGUCUUAGAUGUCUACACUCAAAUGACCACUUACACUGAUGACAGUUACACAACCUUAUUCUCUAUCUUAGAUUUCAGUGAAAUUGACUCUGUUAUGGCUGGUUUACCAUGGUAUUCUACCAGAUUAGCUCCAGCUAUUGCUAGUGCUUAUUCUAGUGCCGGUAUCACUAACUCCAUCUACAACUAUGGUGCUGGUGCCGCUGCCGUUUCUGGUACCACUAACACUCAAUCUUCUACCUCUGCUUCUGCUUCUACUACUUCAAGAGCUAUUGCUUCUAAUGGUACUAACUCUACCAAUCCAAGUAAUGUUUCUGUUGAUCCAUCCGCCAUUGCAUCUUUAAAGAGUGCUGCUUCUUCUGCUGAAUCUUCCGCUACCUCUGCUACCUCUUCCUCAAGCUCAAUUGCUUCUAACUCUUCUACUUCUAGCAAAAAUGGUGCCAUGAAAUUCGAAUUAGGUGUUGGUGCUGCUUUAGCUGGUGCCGCUGCUUUAUUAUUAUGA